CCGCCUAACAGCCUCUGAUAACAAGCCAGCAUCAUGAAGCUGGCUAUCGUCCUCUGCCUGGUGGCUGCGGCUGCUCCCAGCUAUGGCGGGUUCUUGGGACCAUUCAGCGGGCGUGCCGGUGGAUUCGCCUUUGGCGGACUGCGAGGCGGAUUCGGUCUCCGAGGACUAGGAGCCGGCUACGGCCUGAACGGCGGAUAUGGCGGAUUGGGCGGGUACGGCUUCAACGGCGGAUACGGUGGAUUUGGCGGAUACGGCGGAUACGGCGGAUACGGUGGAUACGGCGGAUACGGCGGAUACGGCGGAUACGGCGGAUACGGUGGAUACGGCGGAUACGGCGGAUACGGCGGAUACGGCGGAUACGGCGGGUACGGCGGGGUCGGCUUCAACGGCGGAUACGCCCUUGGCGGACUGAGAGGCGGAUUCGGCCUCCGAGGACUACGAGGCGGCUACGGCUACGGCCUGAACGGCGGAUACGGCUUCAACGGCGGAUACGCCCUUGGCGGACUGAGAGGCGGAUUCGGUGGACACAAGAAGCACUUCUCCAGCUACAGCUACGGACAUUGACAAAUGACUGGUUAGUUUUCAAGUAGCAUCCCCAAUACCUUGGUAAAAUGUCUCGGUUCCUUAGGCAGCAGAUAUAUUAGCAAUUGACCAUUUUGCGCUGUGUUCACCGGAAUACAUGGACUGUCGCGUGC